GCGGCAUCCUGCCCGGCGGCGAGGCCAUGCCCAGCAUCGUGAUAGAGCACCUGGUGGGCUCGCGGCUUGCAUGGCGGAGGCAGCUGGCGGAGGUGGAUGACGACUUGGAGAGCCGCUACGUGCGCGGCGCCAAAUCCAAGCUGGAGUUUGAGCUGGAGGUGCCGGGCAGAGGUACCGUCGAGGGCGUGCUAUGGUACUUUCCGUUCGAGAAUGGCGCUGAGAGCGUUCCUCGGGAGCUGGGUGCUGCAGCAUACGCGAGCGGCGGCCCCGCAGCGGGCGGUCCAGGCCUCCUGACGCAGAUGCCGACUCAGCUAUCCAUGCAUGGAGCUGCAGCACUUGCCACGCAGCUCGUACGCGGUGGCCUUGCAGCAGCUGGUGUCAGCGCCACGCAGGUGGGCCAGUGGCCGGAGCAGGCGCAGCUAGCGAUGAUGGAAAUGCUGCACGACCAGGACAACAACGGGGGAGAUGCGCCGGCCCGAGGACGGGUGGAUGCGCCCAUGUUUGAGACGUUCUGGCAGGGCCGACUCAUUCCCGGCAGUGGCGUUGAGAGCUUGCCCUUCAUUGACGGACUGCGCACGAAGAUGCGCUCCAGCACGUCUGGGAAGGACUACUUGCCGGAUGACGUCUUCGGGCGCAUCAGGGGCGCGCUCUUUUUCGGUCCGGCAUGGCGCGUGACGCGCAACAAGCUGACGUUCCGGGACUCCCUGCCGGAGUUGCUGGCAAGCGCCAUGUCUUCCGACCGCGCGCUGGACAAGCGCUUCCGGGACUGGCUGCGCGACUGCCACACCCGGCUGGACCGCAUCCUGCACUUCCAGGGGGCUGCAGAUGUGGAACUCAAGGCGACGGUGCGUAAGGAGCUUGGC